UCAUGUCAAGCGAUCAAUGGCUAUCGAAAACUCAAAUAAACAAGCCUGGGCGGGAUGGAACUGAGGGGGGGAACCAGUGCUGCCCUGCGCGUGUUCAGAAACAAAUCACGUUGCAACGUAUGCCAUAAGGUUGUCAUUAAUAUACCGAAGUUCCGUCAAGAGUUCUCGCCCAGGUUAUGCCGUGUAUGCGUUAGGCUUUUUGUCUGACGAAAGUCGCUCAAUGUAAGAGGGCGGCCUCCGUUGGCAGGCGGCAUCCAUUGUACAGCGGGUGUACGGCUUGUUAGUAAAAAAACAGUCUGAAACAUUUCUUUUUUGGGAAGUUACUGCCCUAUCGUAAAAGGUAUUAAAAAGCAGUCUCCGCUUCGUAUAUGAAGUACCGAUCACUAAUAACCACGUUCUCAAGGUUUCCGGUGAAACCCAGGAAUAGAAUUGCUGGCCGGCUUAUUCAACAUAUUCCACAAGGUAUUAUAUCUUCGUCCUUACGCAUAUACUCUUUUUCAUUACACCAUCGAUCACCGGCAGUUAUGCGGCUGGCUCUGCAUUUACCCGACCGCCAGCAAGUGUUCUUUAACGAGGAUGAUACCCUAGAGGAUGUGCUCCUAUACACGGAAAAUGACCUGACAACCCUCAACGCCUAUUUUAUCCUGAAUCGGAAGGAUAAGUCCGCAAGGCACUUAUGUUAUCACUAGCUUCCUUCCGAGUUCAUUUUUGUCAAAGGUUCCCGGCAUGUCCGCGCUCAUUGCCGCAGGCGCCAGCGAGGACAGCCGGCAGUUGGCCAUGUCUACUUUGCCCCUCAUGAGGAUAGAGAACGCUUUGCUUUGCGCUUGCUUCUGCAUCAUAUACCCGGCGCCACACCCUUUGAAUACCUCCGGACACAUGAGGGUGUCCUAUUCCCCUCUUUUGAAGAGGCUGCCCGUGCCCAUGGAUUGAUCAAUUCCACUCGAGAGCAUCUCCAAUGCCUAGCAGAAGCUGCGGCCGUCGUCACCAGUAUACCCCGUCUUCGUCGGCUGUUCCUU